AUGAUAUUGUUCAGUUUGAUAAUACUACUAGCUUCAGUUCAAUGUAUAAAAUUUGAACCGUUUGACAAAUCAAAAUUAAAUCCAUCAUCAAUCUUUGAACAAUUUGAUUACACAUCAUUAUCAAACUCACCAUGGAAAGUUUCAAGAUCUAAAAAAUAUGAUGAGGGCAGAGAUGAAAUAAUAGAAUAUACUGGGAAAUGGGCAAUUGAAGCGCCUUUCAAACACCCUGGGUUUGAACAAGAUCAAGGAUUGGUUUUGAAAUCAAAAGCUGCACAUUAUGCAAUUUCUUAUAAAUUACCACACACGAUAAGCAAUGAAAAUAAAGAUUUAAUAAUUCAGUAUGAAGUAAAAUUACAAAACGGAUUAGAUUGUGGAGGAGCUUAUAUUAAACUAUUAGAUAAUUCAAAUAAUUACCAUUUUUUCAACUCGGAAACACCUUAUCAAAUUAUGUUUGGUCCAGAUAAAUGUGGUAGCGAAAAUAAGGUACAAUUCAUAAUACGAAAGCUCUUACCAACAGGGAUUAUAGAAGAAAAAAUCCUACAAAAUCCUCCAAUGGCAAGGUACAAUGACCUAAGUAAUCUAUAUACAUUGAUUUUAAAACCUAAUCAGGAUUUUGAGGUAAGAAUUAAUGGAGAAGUUGCAGUGGCUGGAAAUUUUAUCCAAGAUGAUACAUUGUUUUCACCAUCUAUAAAUCCUCCAAAAGAAAUAAUUGAUGAAAAUGAUUCAAAACCAAGGGAUUGGGACGAUCGUGAAUAUAUUCCUGACUCAAAUGUAAGACCACCACCUGAUUAUGAAAAAUUACAUCAAUCACCACAAAUACCAGAUCCAACACAAAAAAAACCUGACGAUUGGGAUGAAUCCGCUCCAAGAUAUAUUCCAGAUCCAAAAGCUAUCAAACCAAAAGAUGCAUCUGAUGAUUGGAAGCCGCCAUUAAUAGUAAAUCCUCAAUGUGAAUCCGGUUGUGGCCCUUGGAAAGCACCAUUAAUCGUAAAUGAGAAUUAUAAAGGACCUUGGUUUCCCCCAGAUAUCAAAAAUCCAAAUUUUCAAGGCAAAUGGAAACCUAGAACAAUUCCAAAUCCCAACUAUUACGAAUUGUCUAAUCCAAGUCAAUUAGAUAAAUCUAUAGGUGGUAUUGGAUUUGAUUUAUGGAAUAUGGACGGAGAGGUGCUUUUUGAUAAUAUAUACUUAGGUAAUUCAAUUGAUGAAGCAGAAUUAAUUGGUAAUUCAACAUUUAAAACAAAACUAGAAUUGGAAUAUCAAAAUAAAAAGCAAAAUAAACCCAAAAUAAAGAAUGAACCAAAACCACCACCUAGAAACUUUGAAGACAUUUUAAAUGACGAAGAAAUGACCACUUUCUCACAAUUUUUGAUAUUUUUAAGGUUGUUUGCUUGGAAACAAUAUUUGGACUUCAAAGACUUUUAUUUCGAGUUUAUGUUGAAUCCGGUCAAUUUAAUUUUAAACCAACCUUUGCAGGUUGUUGUGUAUGGAACAUUACUUUUGAUGCUUUUCACUGUAGGUUUUGGAAUUGGAAGUGUUGUUCUUUUCUUAUUAGCCUCUUGGAGUACAACCACCAAUGAAGUAAGAAAAGAAUUUGAAGAUGGUGAUAAAAUAAUGAUUUUAAAUAAUGGAGUCAAGAGUAACAAGAUUGAAAUUCUUGAAGAAGUCCAAAAUGAAAAGAUUUCAAAAGAUGAUCAAACCAUUCGAAAAAGAGUAAAUUAG